AGCAUGCAUCCGGCUGGAAACUUAGGACGCUGCAGCUGAAACGUUCCGGCUCCGGCUCUGCGGGCGCGUCUAAGGCCGCAGCCACGGGGGCGCAAUGGGAGCGGCGCGCGUAGGGUUGGUGGACUGUCACUGCCACAUCUCCGCCCCGGACUUUGACCGCGAUUUGGAUGAUGUGUUGGAGAAAGCCAAGAAGGCCAAUGUUGUGGCCCUUGUGGCAGUUGCCGAACAUUCAGGAGAAUUUGAAAAGAUUAUGCAACUUUCAGAAAGGUAUAAUGGGUUUGUCCUGCCAUGCUUGGGUGUUCAUCCAGUUCAAGGACUUUCACCAGAAGACCAAAGAAGUGUCACACUAAAGGAUUUGGAUGUAGCUUUGCCCAUUAUCGAGAAUUAUAAGGAUCGGUUGUUGGCAAUUGGAGAGGUUGGACUAGAUUUCUCCCCUAGAUUUGCUGGCACUGAUGAACAGAAGGAAGAGCAAAGACAAGUCCUAAUCAGACAGAUCCAAUUAGCCAAAAGACUAAAUUUGCCUGUAAAUGUGCACUCACGCUCUGCUGGAAGACCUACCAUCAACCUUUUACAAGAGCAAGGUGCUGUCAAGGUACUACUGCAUGCAUUUGAUGGUCGGCCAUCUGUAGCCAUGGAAGGAGUAAGAGCUGGGUACUUCUUCUCAAUUCCCCCUUCUAUCAUAAGAAGUGGACAGAAGCAGAAACUUGUGAAACAGUUGCCUUUAACUUCUAUAUGCUUAGAAACAGAUUCACCUGCACUAGGACCAGAAAAACAGGUACGGAAUGAGCCCUGGAACGUUUCUAUUUCAGCAGAAUAUAUCGCCCAGGUGAAAGGGAUCUCAGUAGAAGAAGUUAUAGAAGUGACGACACAGAAUGCAUUAAAACUGUUUCCUAAGCUCCGACACUUGCUCCAGAAAUAGCUUCAAAACCAUCCAUUACAAAAUCUAAUCAACUACAGGGGGCAGCAUUUGAAAAAUAGAAAUGUUCUGAUGAAGAAUCUGAACUAAAGAAGCUGUUUUAUAGGGUUAUAGAAGAUUAUAAUUGUAGAGAAAUAUUUCUCUUAGAAAUAAAACUGGUCUUGGAUCCUGAAACCCUGGGUUCUGAUUCUAGCCUUGUGCUGCUUUUCAAUUAGCUGAGUUCUAGCAGGAUAUUGGGAAAAUACUGCUACUUCUUACAUUGCUUUUUAUAGAACCAGCAUCUGAACUGAAACCAUUGCUUCUGGGAAUGGGAAGGGUGGCUCCCACAGGAAGAGUAUAAGCACUCUUGUGAUGCGAAUGGAGUAGGCUAAAGUAUGCUUUUUCUUUUUUUAGAUGGAGUUUCGCUCUUGUUGCCCAGGCUGAAGUGCAGUGACACGAUUUUAUCUCACCUCAACCUCUACCUCCUGGGUUCUAGCAAGUCUCCUCCCUCAGCCUCCCAAGUAGCUGGGAUUACAGGCAUGCACCACCACUCCUGGCUAAUUUUGUAUUUUUAGUAGAGACAGGGUUUCUCCACAUUGGUCAGGCUGGUCUCGAACUCCCGACCUCAGGUGAUCUGCCCACCUCGGCCUCCCAAAGUGCUGGGAUUACAGGUAUGAGCCAACGUGCCGGCCUAAAGUGUGAUCUUACCACCUAAUUUUCUUCCCAUAGGAUUUAGCCAGUGAAGGGAGAAUGUCUGGUUUUCUAUGCUAUCAGAAAUCUCUUUUGUAGAUUUGUAAAAUUGAACUUUUAGUACUUCAAAUUAUUUCUCUUUAAGAUAAAAAUGCAUAAGGUUUUUACACUGAUCUUAGAUUUUUGACUUACAAGGCCAAUGGUUUAAACAAUCAUUAUUAAAUACCAAGCCCAAAUGUUUAGUUAAUACACCAAUUUUAAGUUGUGGUCCGAAUUUUGUCAACAUAUUUAGAAUGUAAAUGGCAUUAUUUAAAGUGUUUCUUACUUCUCUGUGAACAGUAGUAUUUUGUAUUUUUAAGUUUAAAAAUGUUAGUGUAAGCCAGGCACAAUGGCAUUCGCCUGUAGUGCCAGCUACUCAGGAGGCUGAGAUGGAAGGACCCUUUAAGCCCAAGUUUGAGUCAGGCCUGGGCAACAUAGUGAGAUGUGAGAACCUAUCUCUAAAAAAGUCAAUAAAUAAAAAUCUCAAAAAAAUUAAAAAUCUCAGGUGUAAAAACAGUUCUGUAGAUAGAUGGUAGUGAUGGUAGCACAUCAAUGUGAAGGUAUUUAAUGCCACUGAACUGUGCACUUAUAAAGAAUUAAGAUGAUAAAUUGUAUGUUAUGUGUAUUUUACUACAAUUUUAAAAAAUAUAGUUUAACAGGUGUAGUCAAUAUCAAAAUUUGGGUAUUUAAUCUUGUUAAAUUAUAUAAGCAGCAAAUGCUGGAAAAAGUACCUGUCAUAGAAAAAAAUAAACUUCCUAAAUCAAUGUGA